AAGCGUAGCAUUAUCUCGGAGCAGCAGUUCGUCCAGCACAUCACAGAUCAAUAGUAAUUUCACAGAUCUUCUAAUAUCCCACGAGUAUGACAGCACAGUUUCAGAGCCAAUCUUAGAUCUAUCAUCGAACGAAAUCGCCAAUGAACUAAACAUUCAGAGUGAAAAUAAUCCCGACAUACUCCUGUAUGAAUUAAAUAAAAUAUGUAACGUUAUUUCGAGAAUUUUUGAGCACGCGACAGCAUUCAACGAAAUAGUUGACUAUACCUUUGAAAUCGAGCUGGAUGCGGAACUGGUCGAAAUGGCAUCAGCCGUCCAAUUAGUGAAUGAUGAAAAGCGAUCAAAGAUAAAUUCCGUGAAAUUUCUAAAUAUCUUAUUUGGCCAAUCGAAUCAGUUAACAUACUCUGCCGUUAUAUAUCUCGGAUGUACUAUGCGGGAUGAUCGUGCGUGGCAGCGACCAGAAGAUCAGCCUGUCAAAAGGCGGAGUGAGGCUCGCGCACAUAUCACUAGAUACAGUUGUGGAGGAAACAUUAAGUUAUUUAUAGAUAUAACAGAAAAACGAGCCACUGUCAAUGUUCACCAUCAAAUACAACAUGAACGUCCAACAUACCGACAAGUAAUCUUUCCUAUUGAGGCAAAAGAAUGGAUCAAAGCCAAUAUUGGAUAUGGCCAGCAGAAUACAGUAGUAGUAGUAGUAUAUCGGAGACUCUGUAAAGAAAGACUCAUCAAUCCAGAUAUACACACUAAGGAGCAAGUUUACUACUGGACAUCCACUCUUAAAAAAGAAACUUACAUUAUGAAUCAAGAAAAUCAACUCCUCUCUGCAAAAAUUUACCUUCAACAAUCUGAAUUCAUUGAAAAAGGUUUCAAGAUAGUUGUUUAUAUAGAAAAUGAUUUCGUACGUGCCCUGGGAUUUAUAACACCAUUAUGGGAAAAAAUUGGUAUUAACAACGUAACAGAGAUUGUCAUUGACUCAACAUUUAAAACAAAUCAACAGCGGUUUGAAUUGUUUGCAGUAAAUGCUAAUUGUGGAGGAUAUGGUAUGACCAUUGCGUAUCUAUAUCUUUGUACUUACGAUGGUACUGAAGAACUUCGACAUGACCUAGAAAUGAAAUUCAAACCCGAGUUGGAACACUAG